AUAUUUAAAGAUCGAAAAACAAGACUUAGUAUUUCAUGUUUAGAAGCAAUUGCUAAAGUUCAUGCAUUUUACUAUACAAAUAUUAAGAAAGAAUUGUAUUUUUAUAGUAAUGAAUUACUAGAAUAUGACUUGAAAGACAGUGUAAAUGAAUCUACAAUUAAUACAAAUCAAUUAGAAACUAUUGAUCAAAAUUUUAAUAAAGACUUCAA